AUGUGCCGAGUCAAGGUCAAGGAGGGGAGAGUCCAGAAGCCGAGUCUUGUCCCCGCGGCGGCACCGCCCCGGCGGCGCGGCAGGCCGGCCAUUGACUGGACCCGGUCCCGCAAGCGGCGCCUACUUAGACUGUACCUCUGCACCCCCGAAGCGGAGCUGUCCCUGAAGAAGAUACUCGGGCUCCUGUCGGAGGGCCCGUUCCAGCCCAAACCGCGCCACACCCAAUGCCUCCUCAACGACAUGCUCUCCAAAUCCUACCGCCAAAAGCGACCCAAAAACAGAACCACCAUGAGCGAGCGCCUCGCCUUCCUCCGGUCUGCACGCUGCGGCCAACUCCAAACCGACCUGCCGCCACACGCCGACACCGCCAAGGAGUGCGCCAUUCUCUUACAAGCCCGCCCCGGCAGCGGGCGCUUGACCGACGUCGACGCCAACGCUGAUGUCGCACGGGCGAGGACCACCAGCGGCGAGCCGGACGAGCCGGACGACUCGCCCUGCUCGCCGUUCGAUCGGCGGCCACCGGGUGCGAUCCGCCGGUCGUCGCCGGAUGCCGGGAAGCCGCCGCCGCCACCGCCACCGCGUAGUUCGCUGGAAAGCGGAGUAAAGGGUGUCUCGCCGGCGAUGUUCCGGAAUCCGUGGUCAACCAGCUGUGAGGACGGUCAGGGUCAAGGCCACGGCCGCUGCGAGAGGGUUGAGUUCCUCCGGGAGCGGUGCCCGAGCCGGUCGUCGUCAUUCCUGGCGGACGUGGUGAGCUUGCUGGGGGGGUUGUCGAUCCGGUCGAGCUUGUCGCGGUCGUCGAGCGGGUCGUCGCGGGGGAGUGCGCGGUCGGGUUCGGUGUCGGAGAGGGUGGGAGAGGAGGUGCCGGCGCUGGGUUUGGGGAUGAUGCAGGGGGGCUGGGAGGACCGGCCUUCAUCGGUGGUGUCGACCGCGGAGAGUCUGGCGUGGUCGGGGGAUGUGACCGUGGCCGUGGCGGCUGGGUUGGAUGAAGUGGCGUUCUCGCCCUGUGCGUGGCCAAGCCAGCCGAGUAACCACCCAUACAACCUGGCCAGCAGCCCCCAUACAUUGGAAAACCAAGAGCUGGUCAGGUUCUGCUGCGGCAGGACAUCCUGGUGCAUCCACCAGCGCAUCAACGCCGUGCUGAUGCACGGCAGCCCCGCCGAGACAUUCGCCUGCACCGCGACCGAGGUAAACAGCCGCGACGGGCUCGGCAACACCGCACUCCACGUCGCAGCACGAUGGGGGGCUCCCGGACCGGUCCUCUCCCGCAUCCUGACGCUAGCAUCCCACCCCGCCACGACCAACCACCGCGGCGAGACCUUCCUGCACGUCCUCGACCCCACCGCCCUCACCCCCCUCGAACUCACCCACCUCACCAAACGCCUCACCCGCCGCGGCGGGUUCGACUUCACGCAGCUCGACGAAGCGGGGCAGAGCUUCGCGAGCCGGCUGCUGUCGCGGUCGUCCUUCUCGCUCGACGCCCUCGAGGCCGUCUUCGGCGAUCUCCCGGAGCCGGCCCGGCUGGCGCUCCUCUUCCGCGCCGCCGGGGGGCCGCCCCACCAGCAGCAGCUCCUCAACGCCGUCCGCGCGCGCCUCGCGGCCGAUCCGGCGCAGACGGCAGAGUUGGUGGAGGAAUAUUGUGCUUAUUUUGUGGCGCGCUAUGGCACGCCGGCGGGCUCGUUUAGCGCGGGCUUCGCGCCGCCGCCGUGA